AUGUGUAUCUUUCUGAACGGUGCCGGCAUCAUGAUUCUGAUCUAUGUUGAUGACCUCUUGAUCGCUGGGAAAAGCAAGAAUGACUGCCAGACCACAGCCGACCAGCUAGCCCAACAUUUCGAAAUCCGAGCCAUGGGAGACGUCUAUGAAUACCUUGGCAUCAGGAUCUUCCGCAACCGUGAGAAGAGACAGAUAUUCAUGACGCAAGAGGCUUACGCAACAAAAAUUCUGCAUAAAUUCGGUAUGCAAAACCUGAAACCGGCAGCACAGCCCUGGAAAUCUGAUCUCACGAUACCUUCGACCUGGACCGUUCACUCAGACGAACAGAAGUCCUAUAUCAAGCAGACCGGAUCUCUGAAUUACCUUAGCGCCGGUAGCAGACCUGAUAUCACACAGACGAUCAACAAGCUCCGUGAAGCUAAUGCCGGCCCUUCCAAGCAACACUUAGAAGCCUUAAAACAUCUCUGGCGUUACCUUAGCGGCUGCCCUGCUCUGGACAUUGUCCUUGGUGGAAAAUACAACCCACGAGAUCUGCAGCUUCACGUUUUUGCAGAUGCUAGCUUUGCAAGCGAGCUCGGAACACGUCUGUCCAUUGGUGGCCAAGUCGUUUUUCUUGCCGGUGCACCAAUCUACUGGAAAUCCAAGAAACAUUCUCUCGUCUUCAUGCGUUCAACAGAGUCAGAGUUCUGUGACUUGACUCUAGCGGGAAUCCCUGCUCUUUCGAUCGCAAAACUACUGAGAGAACUCGGCUUCCACCAAUCACUGCCGGUCGUCAUGUUCACAGACAGCCUCAACGCAAAAGCUACUGUCUUAAAUCCACUGAAUACGGCUAGGACACGCCAUAUUGAUACGCAAUAUAAGUGGAUAACCGACCCUACAUCAAAAGGCUAUUCCAAGCUUGAACAUGUACGAACCACCUCUAUGGUUGCUGACGGUCUUACAAAGCCGUUGCUGAAAGAAGGUCACCAGAACUUCGUCAGAAUGCUUUGUUUACAGAUGAGACUUUGGUAA